CGCUGCAGCGCUCCGCGUCGUUAGUCUGAGUGCGGCGCUGGAAGAGUGAGGUCGUCCUCUGCUGAGCCCCUUCGUCUGUGUGUGAUCCUAUUCCCCGGCCGCUAGUCGCAGUGUACCGCCUGUGCCUCACUGGAAAGCCUGCUUAUUUUGUGGAGACGACGGCAUUUUAUUGUAAGAAGUGCCUAAAAUGAGUGACUGCAGCGGAGAUAUGGAUUUAGGCAAUGAUGUGGGGGAUGUCGCUGAUGACAUGGAUGUCGCGGAUGACAUGGAUACUGACACUGGAGCAUCUACUGCAACUGAGGCGGCCAGCUGUGCAAAUUGUAAUGUCAGCUAUGAUGGCGUGGACAAAGUACCAAUUACAGGGGGGGCUUGUGGCCACAUUCAAUGCAACAGCUGCUGGCAGGAAAAUGACUGCUUCAAGUGUAACUCGAAGAGUACUGAUGAAAAUCGUGAAGUCCACAUUCAAACACCACGGGACUUCCGUUCGCCUGAACCCCCUCAGUCUAGUGCAGGAAAUGGAUCAAGCACAAGCAAUGAUGAGAACAAGGAAGCUGUUCACGCACCGCAGAUUGAACAGCAGGCUCAAGUAACUGCACCUUCCGUCGGCUUAGCUUCUAGCUCAACUGUAGGGGCUGUAUCGAGUCCCUCUUUGAACGCACCGGUUUUCGCACAACCAGCAAAUGCACCUGCACGAAUAACUGUACCCAGAUUAGCUUCUCGCGCUACUGAAGGGGUUGCAGCAACUCCCUCUUUGGCAACCAUUACUGUAAAGUGCAUUAAUGGUACAACAGUUACUCUGAAAGUAAACCUAAGCUGCACAACAGUGCAGGAAACGAAGAGACUGGUUCACCAGCAAAGUGGUAUCGCUCAGGAGAGACAGCACCUACUUUUCAGGGGUAAAACUAUGGAGGAUAUUUCAAGGACUCUGAAAAGCUACAAUGUCACUGAUGGCUCGACACUGCAAAUGGGAGCCAGAUGUUAUGGUGGCUAAUGUUAAACUCAACUGGUUGGAGUAUUAUCCCUUAAAUUUUUUUUUUUUUUAAAUUGUUCAUGAUACUUUUUCUCACAGCACAUUGUUCCGUGGCUGAUAAUUUUCUGUUAACUUGUAUUAAACUGCAGUUGAUGUCUUUAAGCAAAUACCUAUUGUGUAUUAUAUGCAAUUCUAUGAAGAAGUUCCCUGUACUAGUGGUUUCAUCGCAGUCUUAACUCUAGGAACCUACAAAUUUUGUUUAGUUAGAUUGUAAUUAGAAUGUACCUUCACAUUAUUUCUUCAAUACUUUGAGUUACUUAAACUUGUGUUCAGUGUUCAACAUUUCCUUUUUGCCAUGUUCUUGAAUUAAUAAAGAUACCUACUCUUUUUCAAA